AAGAAGUUACUGAAGAGGAAACGUUUUGUUACCGAGAGCGUAGACAGCGGCUCCGACGUAAGUAAAUCAUGCGAAUUGGAUCCACGAGGCGGCGAAAGCAGUGGCAAGCGGCAAAAAAUUGUCGAGAGCAGCGCAGCAACGAAGUCUGAAUCAAGUGCGCCAAACAGUUUGAUUACGGAAUUGCAAGAGCGCAUAGGUGGUACAAAUGAAGGAGCAUUGGCUUUGUUAGAACAACUGAAGCGUUGUUUGGCCGGUGGUACGGUGAGCUCGAAUAUUCACGUGAAUCCAGAAGUGAUCAGAAAGACGGUUUGA